AUGUCAUCGUUAUUAUCUCCUCAAGUAGGUAAGGUACAUGAGUACUUACCCAGAUUGACUGCAUUUGAAUUUGAUGGGAAUUCGGGAAGUGAAGCAGCUCCAAACGUGGUUUUAUUCAUCGGUGGUCUAAGUGACGGAUUAUUGACUGUUCCGUAUUUGCCAAGAUUGGCUAAGUCAAUUGAGUCGAUUAGUUCUCAGCACGGUCAAUGGGUUCUUGUACAAGCGUUAAUAUCGUCGUCUUAUCUGGGAUGGGGCACAGGGUCGCUAGAAGCAGAUGCGAAAGAGCUCAGUCUUCUCGUAAAGUAUCUCAGAUCGGAAAAGGGUGGAAAUCGGAAGAAGAUUGUGCUCAUGGGACACCUGACAGGAUGUCAAGAUUCAAUGCAAUAUUUGACCAAAUUGUGCAAAAAAGCAGAUGCUCCUGAGGACAUUUUGUUGGAUGGUGUCAUUUUGCAAGCACCGGUUUCGGAUAGAGAGGCAGUGGCAGACCAUAUGGGAGGGAUGAAGAAGUUGGAACCGUUACUUGAAAAAGUUAAAAAAGAGUUUAUUUUGACCGGAAAAGGUCAACAUAUAUUGCCCCAUGAGUUCGACAUUUUCAAAACCCCUGUCACGGCGUAUCGAUUCUGUUCUUUAAUGAGCAUUAGAGGAGACGACGAUUAUUUUUCGUCCGAUCUCAACUCAGAUGACUUCAAACAGACUUUUGGUAUUGUUGAUAGGCCAUUGUUGGUGUUAUAUGGGUCCAAAGAUGAGUGUGUUCCGGAAUUUGUUGAUAGAGAACUUUUGGUAGAAAAGUGGAAAAAUGCCACUGACACGAAGUAUUGGAGUCCUUUGAGCAAGGUUUUGAAAGGUGCGAACCAUAAUGUUGGACCUAUAUCUGAUGACGGAACCGUUGAAGAUUUCCUCGAAAUAGUUUGCAAAUUUAUUCUUUCUAUUUAG